AACCUGGCCAUUGCGCGGUCGAUAGGAGGAAUCACGAGCCUUGAGCGCCCCCGAAUUCGAUCUGAUAUAUUCAUCCCGCCACUCCGGCUUUCCCCCUGCCUCAUCUUGAUCAGCUACUGCAGCGCAUCGUCACAUCGCGGGGCUUUAACCCAAAGAUCCGAAAAACCCAGCAAAUCCCGAGCCACGAGAUUACCGAGUCCUCGACGAAGCAAAUCCCCACGAGAACACCAACCAACAUUCACAAUGGCCGCUCUCCGCUCCUCCUCACGCAUCCUCAGCUCCUCGUCGAGGGCUGCCUUCCGCCCCAGCGCCGUCUUCGCGCGGUCCAUGGCGACGGUCAGCGAGACGGAGCAGCAGCCCAGGAUCAAGUCGUUCCAGAUCUACCGAUGGAAUCCCGACACGCCGACGGAGAAGCCGCGGCUGCAGACGUACUCGAUCGACCUCAACAAGACGGGCCCCAUGAUCCUCGACGCCCUCAUCAAGAUCAAGAACGAGCAGGACCCGUCGCUGACGUUCCGGAGGAGCUGCCGAGAGGGCAUCUGCGGCAGCUGCGCCAUGAACAUCAACGGCCAGAACACGCUGGCAUGCCUGUGCCGCAUCCCCGCCGAGUCCUCGUCCGACGUCAAGAUCUACCCGCUGCCGCACACCUACGUCGUCAAGGACCUGGUGCCCGACCUGACGCACUUUUACAAGCAGUACAAGUCCAUUGAGCCCUAUCUGCAGCGCGACACCCCUGCUGAAGAUGGCAAGGAGUACCGCCAGAGCAAGGCGGACCGGAAGAAGCUGGACGGCCUGUACGAGUGCAUCCUGUGCGCCUGCUGCUCGACGUCGUGCCCCUCGUACUGGUGGAAUUCCGAAGAGUACCUCGGCCCCGCCAUCCUGCUGCAGUCGUACCGGUGGCUGGUCGACUCCCGAGACGAGCGCACGGCGGCGCGCAAGAGCAAGCUCGAGAACUCCAUGAGCCUGUACCGCUGCCACACCAUUCUCAACUGCACGCGGACCUGCCCCAAGGGUCUCAACCCCGGCAAGGCCAUUGCCGAGAUCAAGAAGCAGAUGGCUCUUGGCGCAUAGAGAGAUUUUUUCCUUUUUUGGUAGUUUUCGAAAGGGAGUGAAUAGCAUGGUGCGGGUGAAAGGAGGAGGAGGAGGCAAACGAACAAAAUUGGGCGGAAAUCUUGGGGGUUCCAGUGCCGCUGUGUAUUAAUCGCCGAUGGAAUUGUGUACUACAUCGAUAUUCGAACUAGGUAGGUAGGGAGAAGCAAAU